CCGCUGCCGGUCCCGUCGGUGCUUCCUCUGUUGCUGUCGCUGUUCGUGUCUCGUGGGAGGCGGGCACCGGCGCCGGUGUGAGCUGAAGCGUAGGAGCCGCAGCCAUGACCUCGGCUUUGGAGAAUUACAUCAACCGUACUGUCGCAGUAAUUACUUCUGAUGGAAGAAUGAUUGUGGGAACCCUCAAAGGUUUUGAUCAGACCAUUAACUUGAUUUUGGAUGAAAGCCAUGAACGAGUGUUCAGUUCUUCACAAGGAGUUGAACAAGUAGUGCUGGGAUUAUACAUUGUAAGAGGUGAUAAUGUUGCUGUCAUUGGUGAGAUUGACGAAGAGACAGAUUCAGCUCUUGACUUGGGGAAUAUCCGAGCAGAACCUUUGAAUUCAGUUGUGCACUGAAAAGGUGAAAAUGCGUAGGGACUUUGUAAAUCUUUGGUUGUACAGACCUAUUUAACCAGGUGGACGAUUUUUACAACUUGUUUGUUUGGUUACCAGGUUUUUAUCCUGAAUGUGUUGUAGUUUUGCAUGUAAAUUAAACUUUCUAAGUUUUACUAAA